AUGGCGACUGCUACCCCAAGUCGUGAAGCUGGCCGGCCGGCGGCUUCGUCGUCGGCCUCCUCGACGCCCCUCUCACCCACCCGCAUUUCUCGCCUGCAGGAGAAACAGGACCUGCAGCACCUUAACGACCGACUGGCCGUCUACAUCGAGCGGGUGCGCUCACUGGAGCUCGAGAACGACCGGCUGCAGGUCAAAGUGUCAGAGAAAGAAGAGGUCACCACCAGGGAGGUGACCAGCCUGAAGCACCUGUACGAGGCCGAGUUGGCGGACACUCGCCGGGUUCUGGACGAGACGGCCAAGGAGCGCGCCCGGCUGCAGAUCGAACUGGGAAAGGCGCAGGCCGACUUGGAAGAGGCCACGCGCAGCGGCAAGAAAAAGGACGGCGACCUGGCGGCGGCCACGUCCCGGGCCGCGGCGUUGGAAAGUAAGCUGAACCAGAACGAAGCGGCGCUCUCCACCGCUGUGGGACAGAACGCCGCGCUCACCUCCGACCUGGUGGAAGUCAAGGGCCUGCUGGCUAAGGCGGAGGAUAGCCACGCCGUGGCCAAGCGGCAGCUGGAGGCCGAGACCUUGAUGCGCGUGGACUUGGAAAACCGAUGCCAGUCGCUCAGCGAGGAGCUGGACUUCAGGAAGAACAUGUUCGAGGAGGAGGUUCGGGAGUCGCGGCGCAGGCAAGAGCAGAGAAUUGUGGAGGUGGACUCGGGAGUCAGGCAGGACUACGAGUUCAAGCUGGCGCAAGCUUUACAGGACCUGAGAAAGCAGCACGACGACCAGGUGGCGCUGUACAAGGAGGAACUGGAGCAGACCUUCCAAGCCAAGCUGGACAAUGCCAAGGUGUCGUCCGCCAUGAACGACAAGGCAGUGUGUGCGGCCCGGGAGGAGCUGCAAGAGUCCCGCGUGAGAAUCGAAAGCCUGGGCUACCAACUGAGCGCCCUCCAGAAACAGGCGGCGGCCGCCGAGGAGCGCGUCCGGGACCUGGAGGACAUUCUGUCUUCUGAGCGCGACAAGCACCGGCGCAUCACCGAGGCCAAGGACCACGAGAUGAACAACCUGCGCGAGCGUAUGAACGCCCAGCUCUCAGAGUACCAGGAGCUCCUGGACGUCAAGCUCACGCUCGACAUGGAGAUCAACGCAUACAGGAAGCUCCUCGAAGGGGAGGAGCACAGGCUAAAGCUGUCUCCCAGCCCGUCGUCCCGCGUGAGCGUCUCCCGCGUGUCGGGCUCGUCCUCGUCCCGCGCCACUAAGCGCAGGCGCGCCGACCCCGAGUCGGGCGACGCCUCGGCGGGGCGCGCCCGGGAGGUGCUGCUGGCGUCCGAGGAGGACGCGGCCAGCGGCGCCGUCUCCAUCGCGGCCACCGACAUGGACGGCAACUCGGUCACUCUGGCCAACAACACGGAUCAGGACCAGCCUUUGGGAAACUGGAGACUGAAGAGACAAGUGGACGACGGUGACGAGAUUGUCUACAAGUUCUCGCCAAAGUUUGUUCUUAAGGCCGGACAGACCGUCACGGUGUGGUCUGCGGACGCAGGCGUGGCCCACAGCCCACCCUCUGACCUCCUGUGGAAGAGCCAGGCUUCCUGGGGCACAGGAAACGACAUCAUCACCAGUUUGGUCAACUUUGACGGCGAGGAAGUGGCCAGACGGAGCGUCAGCAAGAAGGUGCAAGUGGAGAACGGAGAGGAGGAAGAGGACGAGGCUGAGGAAGAGGAGGUGCCAGUGGUGCACAAGAAGGCCAGAGUGGCGUCCAGAGAGUGUGCGGUCAUGUGA